UCAUUUUCAGUUUUGAUUAUUCUCAUUCAUUUAGUUUUUGUUAAAAGUGCAGAUCUUGAACAUGGUCACUUCUAUUUCGUUGGCGACAUUUUAAAGAAUAAUUCUGCUCAUGUAAAAUAUCGGACUUCGACACAAUCAAAAAGUGUUUGUGCAGCAAAAUGUUUGCAGGAUUCAGAAUGUAUUGCAAUUGAAAUAUGUGCACAAAGUCGGGAAUGCCGAUUGACUGUCGGAAAGGAACCAGAAAUAUCGCUAAAAAUCUCUACAGAUAUAUGUCGUCGGUAUCUACUGAAUUAUCCUUGUGCACAAGGUUAUUGGGAUAGAAUACAAAAUACGUGUGAUAUGGUUUCAGCAACCACAAACACUAUAACAACAAUGACAACAAUAAGGCCAACCACGAUAGAUUAUGUUACCACAACAAAAACAGAAGAACCAACAACCGAAGAUAACUUCUUCACACCAACAACAAUUGCUGAAUCAACAACUUUAGACGACGUCUCCAUAACAACAGAGCCAACGACCGAAGCUAACCUUUUCACUACUACUGCAGAAUCAACAACUCAAGACAGCGUCUCGGCCGCAACAACAGAGUCAACAACCAAAGAUACCAUCUCUACAACUGUAACAACAUCAGAGUCAACAAUGACAAAUGCCAUCUCCAACACAUUAACAGAAACAACAUCCACAAACGCCAUCUCUACUAUAACACCUCAGACAACAUCAUUACAAAUCACAACAACACAAGAUGGAAACGUCUGCUUUGACUGUAACUGUGCAUUAAAUACCUCCAGUGUGACAACGGGAGAGUUCCUGCUGGGUAACAACAAAACUGUUUUCUGUGUCAUGGAUACAGUAAAUAAUCAUAAAUGGACGAUAAUUCAAAAGCGGUUUUCUUCUGGGCUUCAGAGUUUUGACAAGAAUUGGUCAGACUAUGAAAACGGUUUCGGAUCUUUGAGUGCGGAUUUUUGGAUAGGUAAUAAGUAUUUACAUGAAUUGACCUCGAUUUAUGGUAACACACGUCUACGCAUCGAAAUGACUACACCUCAAGGUAAAAGAGGCUUUGUGGAAUACACUUUCUUUAUUGAUGAUGCGUCCCAGAACUACACUCUGCACACUUCCAACUACAAUGGCAUGCUCGGAGAUCCUUUCACCUCUAGCGGAAGUUGUACGGAGUGCGCAGACGGGAUGAAAUUUACAACCAAGGACCGUGACAAUGAUUUGGAUAGUGCUCACAACUGUGCUUCACUCAGUGGCGGGGGGUGGUGGCACAACGCGUGUCAAAGGUCAAAUCUGAAUGGUCUGUUUGGACAGUCCAGUUAUUUACAUGGGUUUAACUGGAACGGAUUUGUGGACUUUUCUUUUGUACAAAUGAAAGUUCGAAAACCUUGAUCUACAACUAACUUGAAUUGAUAUGGCAAUAAAUAAGUAAGGUACAAGUUUCUUGAUAUGCAUAUUAUUAACUUUGCCCUUAUAACAGUGCAUAUUCCAACAAUAAAGGAAAUAUGAUAUUGUUUGUA